GGAAGCCUAAGCCUAACCCAUCAAUUAUCUCCACCAUAAUCAUUCAGAAAUGGAAAUGGUGGCAAGGUUGAUUGCAGACAAGCCAGUGGUGAUAUUCAGCAAAAGUAGUUGCUGCAUGAGCCAUACAGUGAAGGCUCUGAUAUGUAGCUUUGGAGCAAACCCUACAGUUAUAGAGGUUGACAAGUUGCCUAAUGGGCAACAAAUAGAGAGGGCUCUUAUGCAGUUAGGUUGCAGACCAAGUGUUCCCUCGGUGUUCAUAGGUCAGCAAUUCAUAGGAGGCGCUAAUGAAGUGUUCAGCCUCAAUAUUCAGAAUAAGCUUUCCCAGUUGCUUUUAAGUGCUAGAGCCAUCUUCAUCUGGGCACGCUAGCUAUAUGCAUCUCUGCAGAUUUCAAAAUAAGCACUUUUUAAUCUUCCUACUUCGCUUGUUUUCAUGUUUUGAUGUUUUGGUCCUAGUGACGGUAUAGAGCUUCUUGGAGCUCUACUUUUUCCUUGUUAUAGUAUGGAGCUUCUUGGAGCUCAGUUUUCCUUUUGAGAGAGCAUUGUACCAUGUUACUUGAGAAACUUGUCAUAAGACUCAGUUUAAUGCGAAUUUUAAGUAUUGAGUUGCGUUGCUUCAGU